AUGCCAGUUACAGGCCAAUUGGUGUUUGCAACGUUAAUAACAUGCUUGAGUUCAUCAUUUAUGAUGGGCUACAAUUUGGGUAUUAUUAAUUUACCUUCAGAAAAUAUUAAGAAAUUCAUGAAUCAAACGAUACCCAAUCUAGACUUGGAAUUCGCUUAUUCACUGACAAGUGUCUUUUUCAUUAUUGGAGCAGCAAUCGGAGCCUUUAGUUGCGGUUUUGUUGCCGACGAAAUUGGAAGAAGAAAUGGACUUCAUUUAAAUACGGUGAUUGGAUUGAUUGGUUCAAUAUUGGGUGGUAUCUGUUCAUUUCUUUCUAAUAUCUAUGUACUAUUCAUCGGACGUUUCAUCAGCGGUCUCAAUGCCGGAAUAACAAUUGGCAUUGCUUCCAUGUAUCUUCUGGAGAUCGCUCCCAGAAAUAUCCGCGGAUUAAUUGGAGCUUUUCAUCAGCUUUUUGUGACAAUCGGUAUCUUUGUGUCUUAUUUAACGACUAUUCGUCAUUUCCUCAACACCCCUGAACGCUGGGCCUAUGGUAUUAUGAUCGGUGGAGUUUUUCAUUUUAUUGGUCUUGUUCUGCUUCCAUUCUGCCCUGAAAGUGCUAGAUACCUAUACAUUAUUAAGAAAGACGUUGAUCGGGCCACCAAAGAGCAUAUGAGAAUCACCGGAGCCGACAAUGCGGAUGAGUUUGUGAGUGAAAUGAACGAAGAGGCGAUUAAAGUCAAGAACGAGCCUAAAUUCAAAAUUUCUUAUCUGUUCACAAAACCGGAGUAUAGAAAAGCCACAGCAAUUGCUAUUCUCAUUCAAGUGCUUCAGCAACUCUCCGGUAUUAACGCUGUAAUUGCGAACUCAUCGUCAAUGUUUUACACUGCCAAAGUGGAUCCCCAAUACCUGGAGUAUUUCGUUGUUGGAUUGGGGUUAUUGAAUGUGGUCACAACUAUCAUUGUGCUGCCUCUAAUUGAAAAAGCUGGACGCCGUGCUUUACUUUUAUGGCCCACUCUGGUAUUGGCUGCCGCCCUCUUGUCCCAAACUAUUAUUGUAACCAUUGUCCGUUCACUAAGCCCAGAACAUCAACCACCAUUUGCUAUUUUAGCCGUCAUUGUGGUCUUUAUCUAUACCGUUUGUUUCGCAAUUGGCCUAGGUCCGAUUCCUGCAAUGAUUGUUGCUGAAAUUUUCCGUCAAGGACCCCGUACUGCUGCCUAUUCCGUCAGCCAAUGUAUCCAGUGGCUGUGCAAUCUUUUGGUUCUUGCCACAUUUCCGUCUCUCGAUAAAGUCAUGGCUGGUUUUGUCUACGUUCCUUACUUGGUGGUAGUAUUACUUUGUUGGACUUUCUUCUUCUUCGUGAUGCCAGAGACAAAGAACAAGUCGUUUGAUGAGAUUGCUAGGCAACUUGAACACGGAAGUGUCUUUUCAAGAUCAGACGAUCGUUGA